AUGGGGAGCGGCAGCAGCGGUGGGGUGUCAGUCCCUGCGCUGUGGAGUGAGGUGAACGGUUAUGGGCAGAACAGCGACUUCUCGCGUGCCCUCAAGACCGUCAACAAAAUAUUGCAGAUCAACAAGGAUGAUGUCACGGCCUUGCACUGUAAAGUUGUUUGCCUUAUCCAGAAUGGAAGUUUCAAAGAAGCCUUGAAUGUCAUCAAUACUCACACCAAAGUGUUAGCCAAUAACUCUCUGUCCUUUGAGAAGGCAUAUUGCCAGUACAGGUUGAACAGAAUCGAGAAUGCCUUGAAGACAAUAGAAAGUGCCAACCAGCAGACAGACAAACUGAAGGAGCUUUAUGGACAAGUUGUGUACCGCCUGGAACGCUACGAUGAGUGCCUGGCAGUGUACCGAGAUCUUGUCCGCAACUCCCAGUAUGACUACGAUGAGGAGAGGAAGACAAACCUGUCAGCGGUCGUUGCCGCUCAAAGCAACUGGGAAAAAGUGGUUCCCGAGAACUUAGGUCUCCAAGAAGGCACACACGAACUCUGUUACAACGCUGCGUGUGCACUGAUAAGGCAAGGCCAGCUGACCCAGGCAAUGAAAAUCCUACAAAAGGCUGAAGAUCUUUGUUGCCGUUCAUUUUCAGAAGAUUCAGAUGGGACUGAGGAAGACCCUCAGACCGAGCUGGCCAUCAUUCACGAUCAAAUGGCUUACAUCAUGCAGCUUCAGGGGCGCAUCGAGGAGGCUCUGCAGCUUUACAAUCAGAUAAUAAAACUGAAGCCAACAGAUGUGGCACUUCUUGCUGUAAUUGCAUAUAAUAUCAUUACCAUUAAUAAGGACCAAAAUGUCUUUGACUCCAAGAAGAAAGUGAAAUUAACCAAUGCAGAAGGAGUGGAGUUUAAGCUCUCCAAAAGACAGCUUCAAGCCAUAGAGUUCAACAAGGCUUUGCUUGCCAUGUAUACAAACCAGGCAGAACGGUGCCGAAAAAUAGCUUCUAGCUUGCAGUCCCAGAGUCCUGAGCAUCUCCUGCCUGUGCUGAUCCAAGCUGCCCAGCUCUGUCGUGAAAAGCAGCAUACAAAGGCAAUAGAGCUGCUUCAGGAAUUUUCUGAUCAACAUCCAGAAAAUGCAGCUGAAAUCAAGCUUACCAUGGCUCAAUUGAAAAUUUCCCAAGGUAAUAUUUCCAAAGCGUGCCUAAUACUGAGAAGCAUAGAGGAAUUAAAGCAUAAGUCAGGCAUGGUAUCCGCGUUGGUGACCAUGUACAGCCACGAGGAAGACUUUGAGAGUGCCAUUGAAGUCUUCACACAGGCUAUCCAGUGGUAUCAAAGCCAUCAGUCCAAGUCCCCUGCUCAUUUGUCCUUGAUAAGAGAGGCUGCAAAGUUCAAGCUCAAAUAUGAACGGAAGAAGGAGGCAGUUAGUGACCUAGAGCAGCUGUGGAAACAAAAUUCAAAAGAUAUUCACACGCUAGCCCAGCUUAUCUCUGCUUACUCGCUUGUGGAUCCAGAGAAAGCAAAGGCUCUUAGUAAACACCUGCCCUCAUCGGAUAGUAUGUCUCUAAAGGUAGAUGUUGAGGCUCUUGAGAAUUCUCCUGGUGCUACAUACAUUCGGAAGAAGGGUGGAAAAGUUACUGGAGAUAAUCAACCAAAGGAACAAGGACAGGGAGAUUUGACAAAGAAGAAGAAAAAGAAAGGAAAACUGCCUAAGAAUUAUGACCCAAAAGUUACCCCAGAUCCAGAAAGACGGCUACCAAUGCGAGAGUGCUCUUACUACCGAGGAAGAAAGAAGGGCAAAAAGAAGGACCAGAUCGGAAAAGGAACACAGGGAGCGAUCGCAGGAGCCUCCUCUGAGUUGGACGCCAGUAAAACUGUGAGCAGCCCACCCACCUCCCCAAGACCCGGCAGUGCGGCAACGAUGGCCUCCUCUACAAGUAACAUUGUACCCCCAAGAUACCAGAAACCCGCAGGGGCCCCAGCAACGAAAAUGAAGCAGCAACAGAAGAAGAAGAAAGGAGGGAAAAGUGGUUGGUGAUGGCAGUACACUUGUCACAGGCAGUUCUUAACCCAGUGUCAGCGACAUUAGGGACAUAAUAAAGGUGACACAGCAAGAAGCACAGAGGUCCCUCCUCCAUCCCCAUAGUCCUGAAAUGAUUUCUUACACUUCAGAUGGGAAAGCAGCACCCUCCUCAAACUGCCUAAUCAAACUUGGCCUGCUGUACCAA